AUGAGCGAGCGUGCUAACGAAGAGCCCCGCCCCCCGCGCCGCCCCCACGCCGCCCCCGCGCCGGCACCGCGACGAGGUCGCGCCGUCCGUAUAAACGCGGCGGGCGCCGCCACCGGGCACAGUGCAGCCGCCACCGCCUCCGCAGCAGCCACCGCCCACCGCCCACCGCUCACGUCCACCGCUGACAUGGCCUUCCACCGCUCCGUCGCUCUGUUCGCCCUGGUGCUGGCCGUGGCCGCCGCUAUGCCCGGCCCCGGGCCAGCCGGCGUGAGCGCGGCCGCCUCCUCCAUCUCGGGCCCCUUUAAGGGCGCGGGCGACCUCAAGGGCGCCGCCUCGGGCUACUACGGCGGGCUGGGCGGCUACUACGGCGGCCUUGGCCUCGGCGGCUACGGCGCCUACGGCGGCUACCCCUACUACGGCUACAGCUCCUACGGCUCCUACGACUUGGGCGCGGGCAACAUGCCUCCGGAGCGUCGGCGUCGCAGGCAAAGAGUUCCAUCCAACGCUGCGCCCCCGAGUUACGCACGAUGUCAGAAAGGAGGCCGUUAGGAGAGUCGUGUAUUGAGGGACUAAGUUAUAGUUGCGUGCGACUAACUCGUUACCCCUACUAUGGAUACAACUCCUACCUGUCUGGAUACUACUCUCCCUACCGCUCGUACUCUUACGGCCUCUGGUAAACAAAACACUUUCUUCUUCAGCUAAAUAAAUAACUAUUCAAUCUCUUA